AUCAAAAUCAAACUUGUUGAGGGCUCAUGCCUUCGGCAUUCGGGAGCCUGAAUCUUUGAAGCUGCCCACCCACUCCGAUGGAGCAACUGAAGUGAAUAGAGAGACAUGAAGGCCCUUUCAAUUCUCCUUGACAAUGAUCUCGUGGCUUCUUCAGCGCUAGCCACUGCCAUUGCACUCCAUACAGUGGAAGAGAGCUUUCAAGUAUCUUCGUAUCAGCAGAAGUUGGGACUCAAAAUCACCAACACCUUCUCGGAAGUUCUACUCGAUUCAUUGCCCAUCUUUGUGGUGCUGCCGAUCGCAGCAGUCCUUUCCAAGAGCUUUCAUUGGGUCCGAGAUUCACUUGUGGUAGUGGCCGUUCUUCAUCCCAUCUUGGACCAUGUCGUCUUGACAUUGAAGGGGCGGAAACAACGACCAGGUUCCAUCACUGCAAUGGCUAUGGUGCUGCCACUGGGGGCGGCAAAUGUGCUUUUAGCCAAAAGCGAUGGUCCACCAUCCAUGUUGGGUGGUGGAAUAGGUAUAAUUAUUUCUCUCUUCUUGUACAUUGUGGCUGAUGCGGACAUUAAAGAUAUGAUCCAGAGAUCGGAUGCCAAGAAUCUUUGAUCCGGCGUGAGAUGCUCCUUUCAAAAGCCGGUUUCAUCAGAUUCGUUUCCUUUCAAAUCUACCGUAUGUUCUUGUGGGAAAUUAAAAGGAGACAGGUGCCUUUCAAGUUGUAGCUAAUAGGAGAAAUGUAAUGAGCUUUGUUUAUUCC